AUGCUCGGAGGGAGCUCGGAGCGAGAUUCUUUACCAUCCAACUCCACCGCGGCCAGAGAACAAGCGUCCAUGUCCGUCGCAGCAGGUCACCCUGAGCCAAAUCCUGAGGCAGCGCCUCAGGAACAAUCCGCCAAUCCAAGUGCAUCAGCCCCGUCCACCGGUCCAGAAGCUAUCGACCCGGCUCAACCGUCUGUCGCGACUCCGGGCGUUGCUGCGGCUACCUCCACUGAUCCUCCGAAAAAGCAUCAUCUACUACUCCCGAUCUCGUCGCGUGCAUCCCUGAAGGCCGACCGGCAGUCGACUCUGGACAAGAGCCAGGAUACUGUCAACGAUGACUCCGAGAACACUCUCCGCGGAUCGAAAAGAAGCAUCCUGAAAGGGCGACGCGACCGGAGCAGAGGCAGCAGUAGGCGAUCACGUCGACAAAAUCAGGAAGGGGGAAGUAUAGAGGAGGAUAAAACAGCGACCGGCGAUCCGCGUGACACUCCCAAACCGGAAAGGAAAAGCAAGGUCACCUACAGGCUAUUCGCGUUUCUCAGUUGUUGUUCUUCAUCCAACGUCGACCCGGAGGACACAGCUAUUCCCGCAAAGAGAACAUCCCGACGGCUAUCAGUUCCCAACACGCAGCCAACUCCCGAGAAGACAGAGGCUAAUGCUGGAGACUCGAGCACGGCGGAAUCUAAGGAACCAUGCUACUAUCGCGACGAGAAAUCCAACAUGACUGUCACUGCGGAUCAGUCCGGAUCGCAAAAAAGUGAGGAACGCACUGGUAAACCUUUAGAUCAGGGCUUGAAGCUCGAUGGCUUGGCAGCGCCGUCCGGUCAAGCUGCAGAGGAUCAGGGGCACACUCCGACCAAGGACGAUUCCGAAACUCAGGGUCCGAACAUCGUCGUUGCGACCGUUGAAGGGGGCGCCGUAUUCCCGAAUGGGGUCGAGAAGACCGAGGACGAUGCCGUGCCACAGGACAAGGAGAAGUCACGAUUGCAGACGGAGCAGGCCCAGACCCAGGAACUUCCUCCGGCGGACGAUGAGCUACACCAAUUCCCCGCGGAGAACGACACAACAAACGACCUCAAGUACGCCUCCCACGAUGAAGAGGCCUCAACGCUAGCCCCCGAGUUACCGCCCCCGCCGAUGCCUCCGAGCGAGAAACACAUCGAGACGGUGGAUCCUGAUGAGCAUGGUCAAUUCCUUUUGCCUCCGCCUUUACCUCACCUGCGUGACAGAAAGUGUUUGGUUCUAGAUCUGGAUGAAACGCUAGUUCACAGUAGCUUCAAGGUUCUCGAACGGGCAGACUUCACCAUACCCGUUGAAAUCGAGGGCCAGUACCACAACAUAUACGUCAUCAAACGACCUGGCGUCGACCAAUUCAUGAAAAGGGUCGGGGAGUUGUAUGAGGUCGUCGUUUUUACCGCCUCCGUCUCCAAAUAUGGCGAUCCCCUGCUGGAUCAGUUGGACAUCCACAACGUUGUGCACCACCGCCUGUUCAGGGACAGCUGCUACAACCACCAAGGCAACUAUGUGAAGGACCUGUCACAAGUUGGUCGCGACCUACGAGACACCAUCAUUAUCGACAACUCCCCGACAUCCUAUAUAUUCCACCCUCAACAUGCGAUACCCAUCAGCAGCUGGUUCUCUGACGCCCACGAUAACGAGCUCCUAGAUCUAAUUCCCGUCCUCGAAGACCUUGCCGGGGCACAAGUGAAAGACACUCACACCACUUUUCUAGAAGAAGAAAAAAGGAUCAUUCACGCGCUCACCUUCCCCAGACACACAACACACAUCCAUACCUCUCCAAACACAAUAAUGAAAGACCGCCACGGCUGGGACGGGAAACUCCGCCAGCCCCCCAAAGAAGCCAUCAUCACCAACCCCGAAGCUCUCGAAGACCCCGAUUACUCCGACUCGGAUGCGCCGCCCGUGGAGGAGAUCCAGGCUGAUGAAGAUUUAUUGGAAGAUGAGGAUUUGGAUACCGAGAGAAUAUGCCUCCGGCAGAACCAGAUCUCGCGCAUCGACUUCCCGACCCCCGUCGCCAAGUCGCUGACCGAACUCGACCUCUACGACAACCUGAUCUCCCACAUCAAAGGGCUGGACGAGUUCGAGAACCUGACGAGUCUGGACCUGAGCUUCAACAAGAUCAAGCACAUCAAGAACGUCGCGCACCUGGUCAAGCUGACGGAUCUGUACUUCGUGCAGAACAAGAUCUCCAAGAUCGAGGCGCUGGAGGGGUUGACGGUCCUGCGGAAUUUGGAGCUGGGGGCGAAUCGGAUCCGGGAGAUUGAGAAUCUGGAGACGCUACAAGCAUUGGAGGAACUGUGGUUGGGAAAGAAUAAGAUUACGGAGUUGAAGAACCUCGACGCCCUGCAAAACCUCCGGAUCCUCUCCAUCCAGUCGAACCGCCUCACCCGCAUCAGCGGGCUGUCCGCGCUCCAGAACCUCGAGGAGCUCUACCUCUCGCACAAUGCGAUCACGGAGCUCGGCGGGCUCGAGGACAACCGGGCGCUGCGGGUGCUGGACUUCUCCAACAACCAGGUCUCCAAGCUGGAGCACCUGGCGCACCUGACGAACCUGGAGGAGCUGUGGGCGUCGAACAACCAGCUGGCCAGCUUCGACGAGGUGGAGCGCGAGCUGCGCGACAAGGAGCAGCUGAAGACGGUGUACUUCGAGGGGAACCCGCUGCAGAUGCGGGCGCCGGCCCUGUAUCGCAACAAGGUGCGGUUGGCGAUCCCGCACAUCAUGCAGGUAGACGCAAGUAAGUUCGGUUUCCUUUUGCUGUGA